AAAACAACUUGAAAUCAUAGAGAGCUUGUAGAGACUGAGAUUAUAAUUUUCAGGAUGAAGUUAUUCGUUAUUGUAGUUGUUCUUAGUGCUAUGAAUGCAUUCGUUUAUGCAGCAGACCCUGAUCCUCUUACAGACUUCGCUACAGGAGUAAAAUCCUUCACUCUUCGCGACCUUUUCACUAAUGGAGAUGUUAGUGUCGACACCGGAGGAGUACGCGCCGCCACUUCAGUCGCCAAGUUUCCUGCAGCAGAAUCACAAGGGUUGGAAUAUGUGAGAUUCAAGAUGGUUCCAUGCGGUGUAAAUUUGCCGCAUACUCACCCACGAGCCUCAGAAAUGCUUACUCUUAUCUCAGGAGGGCCUCUUCAAGUUGGUUUUGUUGACACUCAAGGUCAAACUUUCAUCGAUAUUCUGCAUCCUGGAGAUGUCACCAUAUUUCCCAGAGGAGUGUUGCAUUUUGAGCUUAAUGUUGGCAGCAAGGAAGCUAACUAUAUCUCUGCUCUCAACAGUCAAAAUCCCGGUGUUCUGACAAGCAGCGUGUCUAUAUUGAAGCUUCCAUUGAGAAGUGUUGCAACAGCUUUCAACAUCAGCCAACAUGCUGUAAAGAAAUUAGAUUCAACUAUAUUUGCCAGUGGAACGGGACUGAAGAAAACAUCCACCAGCGGUUGUGUGCCAGGAAGGGACAUUACUGUAGAUUUUUAAAGCGCAUGUUGUUUCCUACUGUCCCACAAAUAAAAGGCAUCUAUUGGGGACGAUGCCUAUGUUGGAACUGUAUAUGUACUAUCUUUUUUUAUCAUCUGUAUAUUUUCCUCCACUUUUAUGACCAAUAACAUGAACACUCGCUUUUGUGUUUUU